UUUUUUAGCAGCAAAUAACCAUGGAAAUUAAAUUCUCAUUCAAAUCACUAAUAAUUUGUUUGCAUGUUAUGUUUUGAAUGACAGUAUAAAAAACCAUUCAAAACAUAACUUAUUAGCACCCAAAAAACGAUAAAAGCUCAAUACUUUUACAGUGUUAUUUCUGAUUCUGUGUACUGUUUGAUCUUUGAAAUGGGGCCCAAGAGAGGUAGUUUCAAGAGGAAGAAGAAAGCAGAGAAAAAAGUUGACCCGAAUGUGCUGGCUGCUGCUUCUUCAUUGAAAUUCAAAGCUCCCCAAGUAGUGGACUCCAUGGAUUGGUGGGAUAGUUUUUCUUCAAGGAUUUCUGGGCCUCUGUCCGGAUCAAACUUAAAGAAAUUUGAAUCUAUUUUUAAAAUUUCGAGAAAGACAUUCAAUUACAUCUGCUAUCUUGUGACUGAUGAACUGAGCGCUAGGCAUUGUAACUUGACUGAUUCAAAUGGGAGGUCGUUAUCUCUUAAUGACCAAGUAGCAAUUGCUCUUAGGAGACUUGUCUCUGGUGAAUCAUUGUCAAGUGUUGGUGAUUCAUUUGGCGUCAACCAAUCAACUGUCUGUCAUAUAACCUGGCGGUUUGUGGAAGCAAUGGAAGAAAGAGGGGUGCACCAUCUUCGUUGGCCCUCCACCGAAGCAGAAAUAGAAGCAAUAAAGUCGAAGUUUGAGAAGUUACAUGGCCUGCCUAAUUGCUGUGGUGUGAUUGAAGCCACACACAUUGUCAUGACCCUGCCAGCUGUUGACCAUUCAAAUGAUGUCUGGAUUGACCUGGAGAAGAACCACAGCAUGGUCUUGCAGGUGAUAGUGGACCCCGACAUGAGAUUCCGCGAUGUAAAUGUUGGCUGCCCAGGUAGUUUAAGUGACGCUCUUGUGCUACAAAACUCUAGUUUCUUUAAACUGUCAGAAGAAGGGAAAAGGCUAAAUGGGAAGAAGAUGGAGCUCAGGGAAGGAACAGAAUUACAAGAAUACAUCAUAGGUGAUGCAGGGUUUCCACUAAUGCCGUGGUUACUUAUACCUUAUAAGGAAGCAAAAAAGGAUCACGAGGUUGAGUUUAACAAACGACAUUCUGCAACAACAUCAGUAGCGCAGAUUGCGUUGGCAAGACUGAAGGAAACGUGGAGGAUUAUUCGUGGAGCUAUGCGGAUGCCUGACAAAAACCAGUUGUCAAAAAUAAUAUUUGUAUGCUGCUUGCUACACAAUAUUAUUAUCGACAUGGAGGAUAAGGUGUUCGAUGAGAUGCCUGUUUCUCUUAUUCAUGACAAGGAUUAUCGGCAACAAGUUUGGGAAUAUGCCGCCAGUGUAGGCACUGAAAUGAGAGAGAAGCUAUCUCUGUACUUAUCUGUUUUUUCCUCAUAUAAAAUGGUUCAAACUCGAAGUUCUACUCAUAUUAAGCAAAAACUGACUAUGAAAAGAACUGAUAAAGGAAAAGAAGUUGUUGAAAUUGCCGUAACUCAUGCUGAUCCUAGAAAAAUAACUAAAAGAAGAGUAGUGAAAGCUGCUUCUAUUGAUGAUUCUCAUUUUGAAAAAGAAAUUCCAAUUUCAAAGAGGACAAAAGUCACAUCUGAAGCAAUAGCCUAUGCUUCUAAGAAAAAAGUAGCAGUGGAAUCUGGUAUCAAUCGUGAGAUUGUUAAAGAGACUGAUGUUAAACAACAAGGUUUUAAGCUUUGGGAUCCUUAUUUUAGUGUUGAAGAGUACUUUAGUACUAAACAUAUUCACAAUGAGGGAUUGGAUGUGAUUUCUAAUAUCAAGUCAAAACUGUCCGAGCAACAACUGUUGCUUUUUUCUGCCACGUGUUUUGGGAAGUUUUUACAGAUGAAGGAGUACAAAUUACAAACCAAUUUGAUUCACGGGUUGUUAAUGAGAGAGGUGAAGCAACCGUCUGAAUAUGAGUUGUGGAUUAAGGUUUGUGGGAAAUUGUUGAAGUUUGGACUUGAGGAAUUUGCACUGGUCACUGGUUUGCGAUGCUAUGGGGAUUCUGAUAGUGGUAAAUAUUCGUCUUUUCAAAGCGAUUGGAAAGAAAAAUAUUUCUCCGGAUUAAAGAAAGUCAACAAGAAAAGUGUUGAGGAGUGCUUCCUACUGAAAAGAUGGGACUGUAAUGAGGAUGCGGUCAAGCUUGCUAUUUUGUACUUUAUUGAGUUGUUUCUCUAUAACAACAGGUCUAAAAAAUUAGUUGGUAAUGGAACUUUUUAUUUGGUUGAUUCCGGUUUAUUUGAGGAAUUUGCUUGGGGCAAAGAUUUAUUUGAUUGCACUGUGGAGUAUUUAAAAAGUAGGUUGAAGUCACAGAAAGGGGAGACUUCAAGAUCACUGCCUAGUUCUUACAGAUUGGAUGGCUUCCCUUUAGCUUUUCAAGUUUGGUUUUUUGAAUGCUGUCCAUUUGCUGUUGAUCGUAUUGCUACAAGUUCCGGUUCUGAAAUUCCACGUAUUCUGCGUUGGAAUUCGUCUGAUGUUAAGAAACAGAAGUAUUUGAACAGAAAUUUUUUCAAUCAAAUGUCCAAAACAUCUGAGCUUCAGAAUUUGAAAGCCACUGAAGAAGAGAAGGUUUUAUUAAAACUAAGAGUCGUAGCUGACAAGGGCGAAGGAGAAGCGGCAGGCUCUAGUAGCUCGAGUGAUGAUGACACUCUACAUGUACUGAAAUCACGUGUUAUGGACGCAGGUGGUCCUAGUUCAGCUGGAAGGAAGAAGAAUAAAAUUUCCUGUAGUUUGAGUUCUAUGAAUAUCAAGCUCCAUUCCAUUUCAAGCAGGCUAGAUUCAUUUUCUUCUGAUUUUUCCAAUUUUAAAUCACAUGUGUCUACUCAGUUUGUUGAAGUUAUGAAUAACUUAAGUGAUUUGAAGAAUGUUCUGAAUAAUAAGAGAAAACGAGUUGCUUUUAAGGAUGAUGCUGUUGUGGAUCCAUCGCCUGAUUGUAAUAAUGAUGAUAUCGACGCUGAUGUCAGUGAUGAUGGUUCCGGUUCUGAUAGCGAUGAAGAUAAUGACAGUGGUGAUUCGGAGAUGGAAGGAGAUGAUGUUCCUAUUAGGAUUGAAGGUGAGGUGAAAGUUAAGAUGGAAGCUGACAUUAAUGCUGAUGAUAAGAAUAAUGACAAUGAAAAUGGGGAUGAUGAAACGACAAAUGAGAUUGAAGGUGACAAUGAUGUUAAUGAUAAAGAAAAGGAGAAUGAAAGUGGCAAAGAGGAAGAUGUUAAAUUGCAUGAUGAGCCAUACCGAUAGUCAUUGGAGUUGGACAAGUAAUAGGCAGUUGCACAAUUUUGAGCUUUCGAGGUUUUAUCUGUCAAACCAUUUGGUUUAAAUACCCACCGUUGUAAAACGUGAUCCUUUAAUGAUUUUUUUUUUUAAAUCGAUGUUUUGUGUUUCCUGA